CGCGACGCCAUUUCAUGCACUCGUUUCGCGCUGUCUGCUGCACGAGCUGGUACGGAUUGUAUCCACAAUAUCAGUACAGCACCGAAUUUUAAUCAUUUUUAGUCUUAAACUCCCGAAUCAGGCAGACAGACGACUCAGCCUGAGUUACAGACAAAAUGGAUCAUUCCCCCACCACCAGCAGCCUGAUGGCCAGCAACGUGACCAACAAGACAGAUCCCCGUUCCCUGAACUCCAGGGUCUUCAUCGGAAACCUCAACACCAUGCUUGUGACUAAGGCAGACGUGGAGGCUAUCUUCAGUAAGUACGGCAAGAUAGUGGGCUGCUCCGUGCACAAGGGCUUCGCUUUUGUCCAGUAUGCUAUUGAGAGGAACGCCAGAUCAGCGGUUGCGGGAGAGGAUGGGAGAAUGAUCGUUGGACAGGUGCUUGACAUUAAUCUGGCAGGUGAGCCAAAGCCACAUCGGUCGAUGCCAAUCAAGCGGUCUGCAGGAGAUAUGUACAGUUCUUCAUUUGAUAUGGACUAUGACUUUCAGAGAGAUUACUAUGACAGGAUGUACUCGUACCCAUCACGGGUGCCUCCGCCCCCCCUUUCAAGGGCCGUUAUUCCGUCCAAACGUGCACGUGUGAGUGGAGGCAGCCGCAGGACCAAGAGCAGCUUUUCCUCCAAGAGCAGCCAACGGGCUUCACGCACCAUAAGAGCUGAUGAUCUGCAGACCAUUAAGAAGGAACUCACUCAGAUUAAAUGCAAAGUGGACUAUUUACUGGAGAGUCUGGAGCGCAUGGAGAAAGACCACAGCAAAAAAUCAGAUGUAAAGAGUGUGAAAGCAGGGGAAGUGUCACCACAGAACUCUAGCGGAAAGGAUCGUGAGAGUCUGGAAAUAAACGACUAUGAGGAAGAGGGAGAUCUGCUAGAGGAGGAGGAGGAGAUCAAGAGUGGAGGAAGAGAGGAUGAGGAAGAAGAGGGUGAGCAGGAGGAAGGAGAGGAUGAUGUUGAUAGUGCCAAUGGAGACCAUUCUUAAAACAGUUUUGACUGACAUGGAAAAAAACACACCUGUAUGCCCAUCAUGAGAAAUGGCAUAGAUCUUCUGACCCUUGGCCACAUUUAAAGCAAAUUCAUAAUUUAAGUUUUAUUUAAAAUAAAUGAAAUUACUUGUUAGGGUCUUUCCUACCCUAAGAGUAAGAUCUUGGUAGCAAAUUCCUGUUUAAUAAAUUACAUUUUAGAUGAUCUGUCUCAUGGGCCCCUACUUUAGCCACCUUACUCUUUAUGCGGUGCUCCCACAUGUAUUUCUGCUUUUAAAAAACAUGCACAUAUCACUUUGUAGUUCCCACUUCUAGCUGCUUGGUUUCACAUUGUAAUAAUAUUGGGUCUCAUUCACUAAUAAUUGCUUGGAUUUUGUUUACAUAUAUGCACAAGAAAAGUUCUGCCAGAUUCACAACAAGUGCUAACGCACAUGAAUUUGUCCUUACUCUCAUUCUAACGAUAAUAAAUCCAGAUUAUUCUAAAUGAAGGAGCGCUUGCCCAAAGUAAGUAAUUUGUAUAAAACACACCCAAACCAUCUCCAUAUAAGAGCUUUCAGCAAAACUGCACCAGAUGCAAAUGUGUAGAGAAAGAUGCUACCUUAGCAAGAGGCCAAAGACAUUAAUAUAGAAACACUAUAAAUUAUCACAUAACAGCAUUACUGUUUACAAUGAUUUUAUAAUGUGUACCAUAGUACGUUGAAUGAACAACGUUGAGGAAAACUGAUCAGCAGAUUAUUCUUU